AUGUCUUCCAGCCACACGACUGAAAACGAUGAACAUCAAUCAGGACCAGCCAGCUCGACUGAAGGGAAUGAUCUAGAUAUGUCCAGUGAAAGCCCAGAAAUCAGUACUUCCAUAGAGCCCAAGUAUUGUUUAGUAAUGGGUCGACAAUACCAGAUUGGAGACAAACUUCCCCACGACACCGGCAACUGUUUGGAAUGCAUCUGUGGCAUGGGUGCCAAAGUCACGUGUUCUCCACAUCAAUGCUCGCCUGCGGGAGAUGAAAUAAAUGACUACCGGAUGCCUGGGCCUCGACAACCUGUUCCUGAAAUGUUCUAA